CGAAUGUCAUAAAAAUCUAAAAUCAAUCAAGCAACAUGAAACCCGCAUCCGUUUCUAAAAUAAACAAUGAAAAUUCCAGUGCCAACAAUUUUUUGAAUUUCAAUAAUGUGUGAAAGCCCCCCAUUUUCUACCAGUGUCUACAAUGAUAAAGUAACAGACCUUGCGUUGACGUAAUGAGCGAGAAAAAAAAAGGCAAUGAUAAAGAGGAAGAGGACUGUAGCUGCUACGCGGAGUCGCGAACCAAAAAAACUUGCCCGCCCAUCAGAAACGUGACGCACCCGCUACGCUACUAUGAAUUCACUCAAGAUGAGAUCAAAGCUUUGGAGGAAUGCGACAGGGAGAGCUUCUACAGACGCUGCGUGCCAUUCAGCUCGGCAUUCGCCACUGCAACGUACGCUGCUAUAAAGACAGGACAUCUCCGAGCAAAUCCAAGGUUUGGUGCCUUCCCCAAAUUAACGCUGGCCGUGGUGGUGGGCUACUUCCUCGGCAAGCUCUCGUACCAGUCAGCAUGCGCCGACAAACUGAUGGCCCUGCCCGGCAGCUACAUCGGACAGCUGCUGCGGGAUAGAAGGGAUGGAAAAAUUGGGGGGGCUAGCCAGCCGCGGCAGGCCACGACGAUGUUCGGCGCGAGCCCCGGCGACAUCUACUCGGACGCGGGGCCCGGCAGCUCGCUGGACCUCGACACCGACCGGCCCAUCUUCAGCGACGACACCUACCGCCCCGACAACGAAGGCCCGAGCGCCGCGCCGCUGCCGCCGCGGCCCGCGCUGUCCUACGACGACCUGCGCCGCCAGAACCGCGGCCAGCAUACCGACGCGCGCCAGGACCCCUACAAGAUGGACCAGAACGUGCUGCCGCCCAUCACGCGGCCGGCGCCGCGCCCUGCCGCGCCGCACACCAACAAGUACGGCGACGCCAUGGAGUGACGCCGCCCCUGUACAAUCUGUUCAUAUUGCAAUAAAGUAGUUAAGAGAUUCA